AUGACCGUCACCGAGACGCUGAAGAACGCCGUCGGCCUCGGCGAGCAGAAGGCCACCCGCGAGGAGAUGAGCGCCGCCCGCCUGCCGCUCGCCUACCGCGACUCGUGCGCCCACCUGCUGAUUCCGCUGAACCGCUGCCGCCACGACGAGUACUACCUGCCGUGGAAGUGCGAGAACGAGCGCCACACGUACGAGAAGUGCCAGUACGACGAGUUCAAGCAGCGCGUGGCCAAGAUGGACGAGCUGCGUGCCGCCAAGAACGGCGCGCGCAGCAACUGA